GAGCUGCUGUCACCUCGGGAGCUUCGCUUCUGCGGAUUUCUCCUUAGGGAAGGAAGCCUGGGGAACAGAAACAUCCAAAGGAGCCUUCAUCCUUGCAGUGCAUGCAUCUGGCAGUGGUGGCAUGUGGGGACCGGCUGGAGGAGACGCUGAUCAUGCUGAAAUCAGCGGUUCUCUUCAGCAGCAGGAGACUCUGCUUUCACAUUUUUGCUGAGGAUUCCCUUAAGCCUGAAUUUGAGAAGAAGUUAAAGGAGUGGCCUUCCUCGUAUACAAAGAAGUUUGAAUCCAACAUUUACCCAAUAACCUUCUCAGUAGGAAAUGCUCAGGAAUGGAAGAAGUUAUUCAAACCAUGUGCUGCCCAGCGCCUGUUUCUCCCGGUCAUCCUGAAGGAUGUGGAUUCCCUCCUUUACGUGGACACUGACGUUCUCUUCCUGAGGCCCAUCGAUGACAUCUGGCACGUCCUGAAGGAGUUCAACUCCACGCAGCUGGCUGCCAUGGCCCCGGAACACGAGAUCCCAAAGAUUGGCUGGUACAGCCGCUUUGCGCGUCACCCUUAUUACGGGACAACCGGAGUCAACUCCGGGGUGAUGCUGAUGAAUUUAACGCGGAUCCGCAGCACGCAGUUCAAGAACAGCAUCAUACCAGGUGGUUUGACUUGGGAGGACAUGUUAUAUCCAUUGUACCAGAAGUACAAAAAUUACAUUACAUGGGGAGACCAGGAUUUACUAAAUAUAAUUUUUUACUUUAACCCAGAGUGUCUCUAUGUGUUCCCCUGCCAGUGGAACUACCGGCCCGACCACUGCAUGUACGGCAGCAACUGCCGAGGGGCGGAGGAGGAGGGGGUCUCCAUCCUGCACGGGAACAGGGGCGUCUACCACGAUGACAAGCAGCCCACGUUCAAGGCACUCUACGAGGUGAUCCGUGAUUUUCCAUUUGAAGACAAUCUCUUCCAGUCCUUGUACUACCCUCUGCAGUCAAAGUUUCUGGAUACAGUGCACACGUUAUGUGGGAGAAUUCCACAAGUAUUUUUGAAGCAAAUUGAGAAAACUAUGAAGAAGGUGUAUGAAAAUCGUGUCAUUGUCUACUUGGGGGCCAACCACAGAUACUAAUUGUAGCUCUGUUUUUACAGAGUUUUUAAUUCUUGCACUCCAUCUAAUGAAGGAUAUAAAUGAAGAAUAUGAACUCCUUUACCGAAACUCAGAUUUAAGAUAUUUCCAUAUCCAAUUUCCUAAUAACUCCUGAAAUUACAAAAAGUAGGAAAUCCUAGAAGCCUACCUAAAGUGUUAUUUCUUGGGCCUUUUUUCUCUUCCUAUGUUUACUCUUGUUGCAACAGGGAGAGGUGAUGAGUCUUACUUUAAUUUGGGUUUAGUUUGGGUAUUUAAGUACAGCUGUAUUCCUGUAACUUUCCUGAAACUGUGGAAAAAGGUUGUGCUGCUCUGAGGCUUGACAAAGAAGUUAUGGUUGGAGCUUUGUAACAUGGGGACUCUUGAAAUGAUGGGGCAAAUAUUCUUGAGUGUCAUGAGAAUUCUGAAUUACAGAAAAGAUCACUCCUGUGACAGGAUGAGUUAAAAUUUACUGUAGUAAAAGGAAAGUAUUUGCUUAAAAGGGUACUUCUGUCUGAAGGUGUAUUACCUGCUGUUCUCCAUGUGUAGGACCUGAGAUUUCCUGUACUUAAAAAGAUUAGGGGAAUAGAAGUGCCUGUUUCCUUUGUGUUUUACAGCACUUUUUGUCUAACAAUUGUCAUUUUUCCCAUCUGCUCUUCAGUAGUUUUGUGAGGGCUCCUCAUGAGGAAGUAGAAGGAAAAUACUUAAGGCAUAAGACAACCAUGUACAAGAAGUGGGAGGUGACUGCAGGGGAAGCUGUGGCACCUGCUCAGCUGACAGAGAAGAGCAGGAGAAUCCUUUCCUGAAUGGAUUACAGUCAUGGUCCUGCUCCCCCAGUCCCUUACAGUUUAGGAAUGUAUUCUCUGGCUUGGUAACGUGAAUUGCAUUAGGUUCAGUCUAAGAAUAUUGUGAACGAAGAGGACAAAAUCAGGGACUAUGGAUCCAUUUUCCUCUAGAAGUGCUAUUCACUGCACAGGAACAGUGGUAUUCCAGCAACAGUUGUCCCAUUCCUGCCUUGGGAGAUGGCCAGUGCUGCCUCUGACUCCCCUCUCCUGCUUUGCCAGAAAUCUGGGGCAUGGAAAUGUAUUUCUGCCUGGCACUUCCACUCCUGGAAUCAUAAUCACAGAAUUCUAGAAUGAUUUGGGUUGGAAGGGACCUUAAAGCCCAUCAGUUCCACCCCCUGCCAUGAGCAGGGACAUUUUCCACUAUUCCAGGUUGCUCCAAGCCCCAUCCAGCCUGGCCUUGAACACUUCCAGGGAUGGGGAAGUCCAGAGGUUUAUGCUGGCAUCAUAAUGAAUAGCCUCAAAGUGAAAGAGCAUUUGAUGUUUAUUUAAAAUGAUGUAUUUAGCUUAGCUUUCCAAAGUCUGAUCAUCUUAGGAUAUGCACAAAGAGCUUAUUAAAAUUGCAGUAGCUGAAAGGUGCUUGGAACCAGUCCCUGGGGAACUGGAAGUGAGGACACUCCUAAAGAGCAGCGAUCCAAGAGCAGACUCACUCCUAAAGAGCAGUGAUCCAAGAGCAGACUCCCAGAGGGCAUUUUCUAGGUGUAAGCCCCGAGGGGGUGUGUGGGCGAGUGAUUGAAGAAAGCAGCAGAGAAAAUGAUCUUACUUUUCAAGUCUGUUCAGCAAAAAAACAUUAGGCAUGACUUGGAACUGCUUGCUCUUGUGUCUAACAGGCAAAGUAGGAGAGGGGUGAGCAGAGUGAGAGAAUUAAGCUUUCCCCUAAUUACAGGAAAACUGGCACAGAUUGGCAUCCUGUACAUGUAACAUACAUUUAUUAGAGGUAAAUGUUUGAGGUGUGUGAAAGAGGGAAAGGGUGUUUCCAAAGUUAAAAUAGCAUUUCUGAAGAAUUGCAGUUUUGGGGAUUCUACUCUAUCAAGUCAGGAUGCACAGACUCUGAGAGAAAGCCCUUUUAUCUCACACAUCCUUUCUCCUUGUGUGGCAGCUCCCAAAAGGAGGGAAAACAUGGCCCUGUUGGCAUCCCAGGCUGCCAGAUAGCAGCCUGUACACGGGAUGGAGUGCUGACAAGCUUUUCCCAAACACCGGAGUGUGAAGGUGUCUGUGACACAUCUGUGAGCGUGCUGGGUGUGUGACAGCUGGGCAGAGAGCAGGGACAGGGGUUUGGAGCAGGGGACAGUUGGUCUGGCAGUUCUGUGCUGGCCUGUGCCAGUCCUCACAGGCACGGCAGGGGAACAGAAAUGUGUGUUUGCACCUCUGUGUGUUGCAAAGUGUAAUCCACCAGUUUGAUUACACAAGGUCGUUCUGACUCCAUCUCUUAUCUCCCCGUGUUUGCCACCACAGCGUAAAUUGAUGUGGGAAGAACAGAGGCAGCUCUGAGAUGUAGAUGUUGCUGUCUCUCCAACUUUGCUUAGGAUUUUUUAUUCGACUGAAGUUUAAGUUGCCACUUUAAAGAACACUAGACUUCUACCUGUAGAGAGAAGUUUGAAAUGUAACCCAAAUAGCAUUCAAGAAUUCAGAACCAGAAGGCAGAGAAAGGAAGGUUGAGCAUGCUGGUUUAAGAAGUUUAGAGAUAAUAUGACAGGGAAACCUUUAGGCCAGCAGUUCUGAGAGCUCGUAAAAAGUAUUAGCUUGCUUUUUGGUCUUUAUUUUCUCAUAUCAGGGUAGAGCUGACAGCAGGUCAGAUGAGGCUGGAGGAGUCACAUUCUGGGAACGCCGAAUUCCUCAUUUCCAUGGUGUCUCCAAGCCACAGAAAGCUGCAGAGCAAAGUCUUGCUGCCCAGACAGUUGCAGCCUCGGUGCUGAGGCUCUGGAGUUUCGGAGGCUGUGGUUGUGUAAGCUGUGAUUCAGCAGAACCCUGCAACCAUGGGCACAUUCAAAUGAAGGAGUGGAAUUCAUUACAAAACAAAGGCAUUAUUGCAUAUGAACUGGUUAGAGAUUAAAGCAGUGCUUUUAAUGUUUACAGGAGGUGCUACAUUUUGUUUAGGAAGAACUGUGUUAUGUUCUCAACAGCUAUUAAAUAUAUAAAGUAUUUGCUUUACAUGAGGACUUUUGUUAAUGUAAUAUCGGCUGGCAGGAAGAAUGGGGAGGUUCCCCCCUGCUGGGCUUUUUCUGAGGAAAAAAGCAAUAAUUUCAGCUCUCCAAAGUGUUUUAAAACAAUUAUGUAAUUUUGUUUCUUCUUGUUGUUAGAAUUAUUAAUUUAUAUUUUAUUGCAUCUUCCAAAACCAUGUUAUAUUUUAGUUUUAACAGUAGUUGGUUGUAAUAUUCAUCUUAUUUAGAAGCCAGUUUUAAUUAAUUUUGUAUUUCAUACUUGUGGCUAAUUCCUUGUUAAUUAGCCUUCAUUUAUCUUAAUAAUGGGAUGUGUAAAUACUCAUAAAGACUUUAUGUCAUCAUUUCCCCUUCCUCUCCUGUAUUUUGGUUAUUUCCAAUGGUUUAACGUAAACACCUUCACUAAUGUAACACCUUGAGCAGUGUCAUCAUUUCUUUACGUGGACAGAACGUGCAGCACAUGGGAUGUGUUGGCAGCAGAGGAAAAGCAUCACCUUUCCCACUGUGAUGGGAAGGGCAGGUACAGCCCCGAGCCCUGAGCCUGGGUCAGCUGAGCCUGAGCCCUGACCCAGCAGUGUUUGACACUGUCCAUUCUGCCUGAGCAGAGCAGAGCUCAGGCUGUUACCCUGUCCUUGCUCUACCAGCCCCAAAUAUUCAGGGUUUCACUUGGCUGUAUUUCCCUUGAACUUGGCUGAAGACAGAUAAACAAGGGCUUUCUGUGAGGGGCUGCUGAGCCCCUCCCCUGAGCCCAGUGCAGGGUUGGAAGGUGCCAGUGCACAUUGAACAGCAAAGAGCUGUGGUGUCAUUUCUAUAGGGGGAAGGGUUUUACCUGUUUGAUGAUACAAGGUGGGCUUGGAUAGAGCUCAUCAGCAUUUCACCUGCAGCGGAGACUGGAAACUGCUCUGUGUGUGUGUCUGUGUGUGUGUGU